AUGUACACACAGACACAUGUACGUACAUACACACAAACACAUGUACAUACACACACAGCCACAUGUACACACACACACAUACAUGCACAUACACGCAGACACAUGUACAGAUACACACAUGCACACACACAAACACACACACACACACCCCUAUGAAAAGGUGCAGUACUUCGUUGUUCACUCACAAAGCCGGGUACUGCACUCUAGGGGGAGGCAGAGAGCACAGCACACGCUCUUUCCUUUGCUUUCACUGCACUCAGCUAUUGAGCAGUCUGACGGCUCCCAGUACCAAUGAUAGAUCCAGCCUGAGCUCCAAGCCUGCUCAGCAAGACGGCCCUGGGGGACACACUAACCCCCACCAUAAUUUCCACUCACCAUUCGCGAGCAGGUAUGUGGAAAUU